AAUGUCAACAUGCAACUCCUUUGCAUUACUUUCGAUAAAUAAAAUGUCAAGAGACUGUGAAAAGUGAAUCAAAGAAAGAAGAACUUUUGGUUUGUGUGAUUAUAAAUAAAUAAAAGGGCAGUUAAAAUAAAUAAAAUAGAGAAAAUGAGCAAACAUAUGUACACAACAGCAAAUCUCACAGAUGCUGAACUGAAGGAGCAGGGAAAUAGGCUUUUUAGUGCACGAAAAUUUGAAGAAGCAAUUCAAUGCUACACAAAAGCUAUAAUUAAAAAUCCUAAUGUAGCCAUUUACUUUACAAAUCGAGCACUGUGCCACCUCAAGUUGAAACGAUGGGAUCAGUCGUGUAGUGAUUGCCGCAGAGCAUUGGAAAUUGAGCAGAAUCAGGUGAAGGCACAUUUCUUCCUUGGCCAGAGUCUCCUCGAGCUGGAGCUAUACGAUGAGGCAAUUAAGCACCUACAGCGAGCUAAUGAUUUAGCACGUGAUCAGAGGCGCAAUUUUGGUGAUGAUAUUGCUUCACAAUUGCGUCUGGCACGCAAAAAGCGAUGGAAUAUUCAGGAAGAGAAGCGUAUUUGCCAGGAGAUUGAGUUGCAAACGUACCUGAAUCGCCUGAUCCAGCAAGAUAUGGAGAAUCGAAUAGCUAAGCUGAAGUUGGAUGACAAUGCAAAUGAAGACUUUGUGAAGGAGAAGACAGCCGAAAUUGAGCGCGAAUGUGAGAAUCAUGUGACGGAGUUGAACAACCUGUUUGCCAAAGUAGACGACAGGCGCCGAAAAAGGGAAGUUCCGGACUAUCUAUGUGGAAAAAUCAGCUUUGAAAUCCUCCAGGAGCCCGUAAUUACCCCCUCAGGUAUAACAUAUGAGCGAAAAGAUAUUGAGGAGCAUCUUCAGCGUGUUGGACAUUUCGAUCCCGUAACAAGGGUCAAACUCACACAAGAUCAGCUUAUUCCCAAUUUCUCCAUGAAGGAAGUUGUCGAUGGGUUCAUAGCAGAGAACGAGUGGUCGUUGGAUUACUAGAAAGAAGAAGAAAGGAAAUGUAAGAAAUUUAAAAGUUCCAUGAGGCAAUCCAACGAAAUUGACUGAACAGUGUGGAUAAGGACACUUUGUGAGCACAACUUUGUAUAUGAGAGUUCAUUUCCUUUCUCAUUUUGUCCACAUCUUUUAUCCCUUCUCUUUCGAAUUCCCAUGUUAACCUUGCGGACGCCAGUGUGAUGUUUCAAAACCCUUCUGUAGCGCAAUUUAUAUUAAAAAAAAAAAAGAAAUCAUAAUUUCUUCUUUCUGUUGAGUUGAAUAUCCUUAAAAAAAACAAAUUACAAGUUAUCUGUAUAUCUUACUCUUGUUAAAAAUUUCCAGCGGGGUAUUGUGUAAAGAAAUAAAUAAGUUUUAAAAAAUAAUUAAAACAUAAUUAUUAUGCAUUUUAGUGAUGAAUAAAACUGCUCAAGAAAAUGCAA